CCAUUCUAGUCCCCUAGCCGACUCACACCUCACCGUCUUUCGUCAACCCCUCCUAUCGGCUAAGAGAACACGUGUCGCAAUGUGCUUAACCCCGGCCUUCUUCCUCCUCCUCCUCCACACGGCGGCCGUCGCCGCUCCGUCUCCCUCCGUCUCCACCGCCGCCGCGUGCAAGUCCUCCCUCUAUCCCAAGCUCUGCCGCGCCGUCCUCGCGCCAUUACGGCUUCCCUCCAAGCCCUACGAGUACGGCCGGUUCUCCGUCAAGCAGGCGCUAAAGCGUGCCGGCCGGACCUCCAAGCUCCUCGACCACUACCUCGCCGGAGGCGGAGACUGGGGGAGGGGCGUCGGCGGCGGAGCCCUCGAGGAUUGCCGACAGCUGAAUGGCCUCAACUUGGAGUACCUCGAAACCGUCGAAGCCGAGCUCGGCCCGGGCGAGUCGGUCCUCAACCCGGCCGGGGCGGACCGGGUCCGGGCUCUGAUGAGCGCCGUGCGUCACCAACCAGCAGGACCUGCUUCGACGGCCUCGAAGCUUCCAGAAUCUUCCCCGAGCUCCGCGGCCGCCUUCUCCGACGAGACCCGGGUCUACGGCGUCUCGCUCGAGCUAGUCAGCGCCGCGCUGGGACCGGACCGUCGUGAACCGGUCCGAGUCCGACUCGCUCCCAGGUGA